AUGUCGUUGCAAUUACAAUCAAUUUCUACAAGUGGUGUUUUCGAAUGGUUGCCAGUGGUUGUUGUUGUUGUCUUUGAACUUGGCAAGUUCUCUUUGCUCCUUUCAAAAUUCCCUUCCUUGCUCCACUCUUUUACUUUGGAAAUUGGAAUUAGUUUUGGGGUUUUCGAUGAAUUGGAUCGAUCAGGACGAGAAUUUCAUGACGCAGUGGACAAAAUUUUCGGAAGUGGACUCAACUUGAUCAUUCUUCGAAGAUUCUUUUCAAGAACUCUAUUGGAGAAACCUCUAAUGAAAUAUUGUGGAAUGGACCAUGCAGUCUCAGUAGUGAACCGUGUAUUGGAUCAAUGCAUUGAACAGAGAAAGAAGGAAUUGGAAACAAAUUUUGACUCCUUUUCCAAACGAGAUAUUUUGAGUUUAAUGGUAAAAGCUAAUAUGGAAGAGAAUAGUUUGAGCAAUCUCGAAUUGAAAAGUAAUGCCUUGAUUUUCACAUUGGCUGGAGAAGAAACAACUUCUACGACAUUGCUAUGGGUCACAUACGAACUUGCCAAGAAUCCUGAUAUUCAAGAAAAAGCUCGAAAAGAAAUUGAAACACUCCUCCCCAAUCAACAAUUUCCCACUUCGGACGACUAUGAAAAACUCCAUCAUGUCAAUGCCAUCAUUUUAGAAUCAUUACGAAGACAUCCUCCAGUUUUUUCAGUAUUGAAAACUCCAACCAAAGACGUCAUGAUUGGAGACAAGCUCAUUCCAAAAGGAAGUCUUAUUGAUGCAUGUAUUUAUGGUAUUCAUAUGGAUGAACAGUUAUGGCCUAAUCCUUAUAAAUUCGAUCCUGAGCGAUUUAUGGAUUUGGAAUUUCGAAAUAAGGCACAACAUGAUUUUUCAUUCAUGCCCUUUUCAAUGUCUCUGAGAAAAUGCAUUGGAUUUAAAUUUGCUCAAAUGGAGGCAUGUAUGGUCUUGUCACGACUCUUACAAUUCUAUCGAUUUGAGUUGUUGAAUGAUGAGUCGAAUGAGAAGGAUCGAGUGACACUCUCGAGUGGUAUUACUGUGAGGCCUCAAAACUUGCGAGUUAAAAUUUAUCCAAUAUGGAAAUAA